ACAAGUUUCACGCACACACGUCCUGCUAAAAUGUAUAGUCCCGCGCCGUAUGUCAACCAAGCAGGAAAUCCUUCUCCAGCGGAUUAAUUGCGGAAUACAAUUAUAGAAUAACGAAGCACCGGCAUGGAAUCAGAGAAACAAGUUCAAUCAACAGGAGAGGAUGUGCCUGACCCAGAGGAGGAGGAGAAGAGGCUGGUGGCCGCAGCCCGGGAAGCCAACCGUUUAUCUGAGCUGCGGCUGGUGCUGUUGGGCUGGAGGUGGCCUGGGAAGAGCCUCACAGGCAACACCAUCCUGGGCCGCGAGGAGUUCCGCCUAGAACGGGCAGCCGAGUUCUGUGUCAAGCGUCAGACUGAGGUGGAGGGGCGCCAGGUGACAGUGAUAGACACGCCAGGCUGGUUCUCAGCCCAGACAACGCCUCUCCUCUACCAGCAGGAGAUGGUACGGGGCGCCUCUAUGUGUGGUCCCCCUGGCCCCCACGCCUUCCUGCUUGUCAUCCCCGUGGGCAUGUUUACUGAGGUGGACCGGGGCCGCAUCGAGGAGCACCUGGCCCUGUUUGGGGAGAGCGUGUGGAGGCAUACUAUCCUAGUGUUCACUUGGGCUGAGGUACUGAGGAACAUGUCCAUCGAGAGACACAUCAAGCGGGAGGGGAAGGAUCUGCAGUGGGUGUUGGAAAAGUGCAAGAGGAGGUACUUUGUCAUCAAUAACUGCAUAUUUGGGGAGCACCCCCAACUGAGGCGGCUCAUGGAGAAGAUAGAGAAGGUGGUGGCGGAGGAGGGCAUCUAUAACCCAGAGGAGGUGGAGGAGAAGAAACAUCUGGACCAAAACCAGAACCAGAACCGGGAGCUUGGGGCAAGGCCCAAAGUGAACUCUGCUGUAGGAUUGGCCAAACUGGACGUGGACCCGCCCCACAAUUCGGUGGAUUGACUGACUGACUAAAAGAGAGAUGAGUUUGCUCAACUGCUAGCGAAGAGACACGUCGGAAAAUAUCAUCUCUCACAGACAGACAUGUGAGUCGCACCAUUACAACGGUGAAGGCCCUCCUGUUAAAGAGGCAGCUGAACAUUUGUCUCGCCUAAGUGACUCAAAUAUUUAAGGUUAAAUUGUAAUUGGUUGAGCAUGGAACACUCUUAAAACUCCUACAUUUUUCUAUUUAGGAGCACAUGUGCUCAUUGUAAAACAUGUUACUGUAGAGCCCUGGACAGGUAUUCUCUACAAUUGCACUACUAGAUUUGAAAAUGUUUAAUAAUUGUCUGCGAAAAUGUUGUUCAGGGAAAUUGUGUGUGGAAAAGUUACCCAGUUGUGACCAAACCUAAAUUGGCAUUUUAGACAAUGUUUUAUCAAGCACUUGAAGUGCAGGUACUGUUUUACUCUACUAGUAGAGAAUCCAAAUAUCUAUGUCUAGGUUUUGUUCAUGGGUGUGAAUUGUUACAUAAAUAUACAAAAUCCACAUGUAAUAAACCCAACCUUCUAUGCAAGCGUAUAGCUACUGAAAUGUAAUUUAAAAUGUAAUUGUGUAAUGAUAAAUUAAUGACACAUUGCGUUUCAUUUUUAUACAUCAUUUUGGCAGUUAAAUGCUUCCAUAACACUCUAAGUAGGGUCGCUUAAUUAUUCAGAUUGGUUAGAAAUGAAACAUGAUGUAGAAUUGCAACAUGGCAAUGUUGAUGUUGAUAGCUUUGCGAUAGGCUUAACACUGUGAGUACAAGCAUGUCUCUUAUUAUUGUCAUCAUAUUAUAAUUGUAUAUUAUUAUAUACUGUAGGUCUUUUAUUCUUAAUUUCUUCAUAUUCUGACAACCAAUACUAGCUACUGGUAGGUACUAGCACUAACUCACAUCCAGUGGUGGGUGUAAUAUGUAUUUCUUUCCAUGUUGAUAAUAUAUACAAGCCCUUUCACAAACAUCUCCAUACUGAUGAUACGUAUUGAUGUUACUUAUUAUUCUGUUAGCUCCACUUACGGGAAUGCACAUGUGCUGUAAGGGUUCUGAGUCGAGCAAAGUAUCAGCACAGAAAUAUCUUUAAAGUUCUGUUUCGAGUUACCGCUGGUUGAAUGAUUUAUCAGAGGGAGAUGAGGUGGGUGUCACCUCUAGUCGGUGCAACUAGAGUAGUCUUUUCUUUCCCUUUAUAAUUGAUGCUGUUUUGUUUGUGUGAGAGAACUAUGAUUUCCAUAUUUUGUCUAUUGCCGUAGUAGACAAUUCUAUCUUUCCUAAAGUAUCCAAAUAAAGUGUAUGUUUUGCUGGACUGUAUGUGAACCUGUGA